AGGCAGAAUGUAGAUUGAGUGCUCAUGCUACUGCUGCCUGUUGCUGAGAGGAAGACAGCAGAAAAUUCUGGAUUCAAACAUUUAUUGCUUUUUUGUUUUGCUUUGUUUUUGUUUUCUUUCCUUUUGCCUUAAGAAGAUGAACAAUGAAACCACAACCCUGAUAUCCUUGAAGGAGGCAAUGAAAAGGUUGCUGAGGGCUAUAGGGAGGGAGCAAGCAUGGGUCUGCUAUUCUGGGAAGAUGGAGUAGACCACAAACUCCAAGCGUUAGAAGCACAGUUCAGAGAACUAGACUUCACCAAGGAAAACCUGAUGCAGAAAUUCGAGCAUCAUAGUAAGACUCUGGCAAACCAAGCAGCCCAAGAUGAGAUGUGGACAGCAGUUCGGGCACUCAAGUUCACUUCAAUGGAAUUGAAUAUUUUAUACAGCUACGUCAUUGAAGUACUUAUCUGCUUGCAUACUCGUGUGCUUGAGAAGCUGCCAGACCUGGUGAGAGGUCUUCCAACCUUAGCCUCUGUACUCAGACGAAAAGUUAAGAACGAGCGCAUUAGAGUUGUAUGGGAUUCCAUUCUGGAGGAGUGUGGGCUGCAAGAAGGAGACAUCACAGCACUUUGUACCUUCUUUAUUGCACACGGUAACAAGGCAGAACACUAUACUGCUAAAGCGAGGCAGAUGUACAUCAGGGACAUCACGUUCCUGAUUACUAACAUGGUAAAGAACCAGGCUCUGCAGGACAGUUUGCUGAGGGCUGUGCAGGUAAUUGAGAAGGCGAAAGCAGUCAGAACCCCUGAAGAGCAAAAGUCGCCCCUCAAAGGGUCGAUACCAUCCAUCAAAAACUAACCUGCUACUCUAUAACCCAGUGACUCAUCUUGGAAAUGGCCAAAAGUAUGCACAAUGUAUUACAGUCUUAUUUUUAUAGCAAAGAGUGAGGGGAUGUUAAAUAAAUUAUGACAAAUGGAUACAAUAGAUACUUUCUGUGUAGCCAUACAAAAGAAUGAAGAAGCUCUUUGUGUAAUGAUAUGAAGUUACCACCAAAUGCAUUGUUCUUUUCAAAUGUUUAUUUCCAAUAUAUAUUGCUAAGUGGAAAAAAGGUACAAAAUCAAAUAUAUAUAUAAUGCAUAUUAGUUUAUCUAUCCAUAAACUUCUGCAGAGAUACACAAGAAAGUGACAACAUUAGUUGUCAGGAAAGAAAGUUAAGAGGCUAGGGGUCAAAGAUAAGAGGAGGUCUUUUCACUGUUAAUCCAUUUUGGCAUUUUCAAUUUUGAACCAUGUGAAUGUGUAUUACCUAUUUAAAAAAUAAACAAGGCUGGACAUGGUGGCUCAUGCCUCUAAUCCAAGCAUCUUAGGAGGUCAAGGUAGGAGGAUCACUUGAGCUCAGGGGUUUGAAACCAGCUUGGGAAACAUAGUGAUAGCAAUAGGAGGCAGAUAAAUUCCUAGGCAGACAGGGAUAGGUCCCUGGUGAAACUCAACCUUCAAGCCAAGGACAGUUUAAAGCCUGAAAACCAAGCUAUGAGUUCCGGAUAAAUCCAUGAACCAGACUGAGAGCUCCCAUUCUCGUCUGGCACCCUCUCUUCUGAUUAGUCCUUAUCCUUCACCUAUUUUACACAUACCUACCCUUCCCCGAUUGGUCCUCUAUACUGUCGUACCUAUUUCUGAAUGGUGCUUUUCCAAGCAUAGCCACAGAACAAUCAGCAUGCACUUGUCCAUUUCUAGCCCACAAAAACCCAUAGACUCAGGCUCGUGGCCAGCAACCCACCAUCGAGUACCCUCUCACUGUCAAGAGGCUUUUCUGUCACUCAAUAAAUUCUACUCUGCCUUAC